CCCACCAACCCGCCUCGCUCCGGACCGACCGACGGACCGACCGGCCGCUCCGUCCCCGCCUCGCUCCGCUUCUCCCGCCGUUGCCCAGCCCAGCCCAGCCGGGCCAUGGCCGAGUGGAGCCCCGCCCAGCAGGGCCUUCCGUGGGACAUGGACCUCCCCCCCCCGGCCUCCAUCCAGCCCCUCGGCCUCCCCGCGCCAAACCCCGCGGCCGACGUCCUGCCCGAGGCGGCCGAGCUCUCCCUGACCGUCGUGGCGGAGAUCCAAGCGGUGGACGCCAAAGUGGACGCCUACGCGGCGCAGCUCCUCGGCCUGGAAGGCCGGGUGGGCCGGGCCGAGGCCAAGCUGGACGGCUGCGAGAAGACGGCCGUCGAAUUCGGCAACCAGCUGGAGAGCAAGUGGGCCGCGCUGGGCACCCUGAUCCAGGAGUACGGGCAGCUGCAGCGCCGGCUGGAGAACAUGGAGAACCUGCUGCAGAACCGCAACUUCUGGAUCCUGCGUUUCCCGCCGGGCGCCAAGGGGGAGACGCCGAAGGUCCCCUUGCAGUUUGACGACGCCUCCUGCAGUUUCUCGGAGCAAGAGUGGAGGGGCCUGGACGAAAGCCAAAAGGACCUGUAUCGUCACAUCAUGAAGCACAACUACCAGGCGGUGGUCUCCGUCGACGCAGCCGUCUCCAAACCAGAUCUCCUCUCCCGGAUUGAGCAAGGAGAGGCUUCGGAGCAGGCCGACGGCAGAGAAGGGGAACGCCACGAAGAGUCCGACUUGGGGGACAGGGCAGGAUCGCCUGUUUCGGCUCUCCACGGGACUUCCUGGAUCGAGCCAGAUGAUCUGUCUCUCGUCAAAAGCACGGGGGGCGUAGAGGCCAGAGAAAUCCCUGGGGACUGCGCCAUGGGUGCCCCUCAGUUGCUGGAGGAUGAGGCGGACAGCUUGUUCCCCCGCAAGUGGACGGACGUUUUCCAGGGUCCUGGAGAGGAGCUGCUGUGCGAGAGCCAAUCUCUGUCCCUCACCCUGCCGAAAAAGCUCCUCCGGCAGUCGGGGCAGGGGGUGCCCGAGUCACAAAACGAGGACUCGGCCACUUCAGCUGCGGAAGCUGACACCGGCCCCUUUAUCUGCUGCGAAUGCGGAGAAGGAUUUGUAGACCGGCAGCUCUUCGCCAGCCACCAGGAGACCCACGGUGGAAGCGGGGCGUACCUGGUGCCAGAACCUCCCGGAAGCCCGGAGGCUAAGCUCAUCCAGAGGGCCCCAACUCCUGCCCGUCCCAAAGUGCACAAGCGCCCUGAGCCACAAAGGAGCCCAACCGCGAAACCCGGCGCGGUGAAACGGCCCGGAAACCACAUGGUGGAGCGUCCGUACACGUGCACCCAGUGCAAGGAGAGCUUCAAGCUGGAGGUCAGCCUCCUCCUCCAUCAGAAGCUCCACGCGGGGAAAGGCGACGGGCCGCUGACCUGCACCUACUGCGGCAAGGACUUCCGGGACCUCUCCAAAGCCGUGCGGCACCAGCGGAUCCACACAGGCGAGCGGCCGUAUCAGUGCACCGAGUGCGGGAAAAGCUUCAUCCGGCGGGACCACCUGCUGAAACACUGGCGCGUCCACACGGGCGAGACGCCCUACCAGUGCGCCACCUGCGGGAAGAACUUCCGCUACAAGGAGUCGCUGAACUGCCACCAGAAAAUCCACGCCCGCACCCCCACCGUGCGCCACCUGGUGCUGGGAACACAGACGGGGCUGAUGGGCCUGAAGCCUCCGCAGCCCGGGCCGCCGCCCCUCCUCUGCAGCCCCCCCGCCCAGCCCCCCCUCCCCAGAUCCCGGGAAAACGCCAUGGCAGCACCGUGGGAACCAGCGGCUCAGAUGUUGCCCUGGGACCGAGCUGUCCUCCCGCCCCCUCCGGGGCUUUUCUGGACCCUUCCCAAGCCAGGAUGCGAGACGGCGUCGCGCUGCCAAGCGCCCGAGGUCUCCCUUUGGACGGUGCUGGCGGCCCUGCAGGGGGUGGAAAGGAAGGUGGACGUUCACACGGGACAGCUCCGGAGGCUGGAACGGCGGGCCGACCUGGCCGAGCGGAAGAUCUCCGGGACGGAGAAGCACGUGACCGACUUCAGCCCUCACCUGGACGCCCUGGGGAGGCUGAUCCAGGCCUACGGGCAGCUUCACAAGAGGCUGGACCACAUGGAGGAGCUGUUGAAGAACUACAGCUGCUGGGUGCUCAACUUCCCGCCGGGCGCCCGCGGAGAGGCCUCCCAGGUCCCGGUGAACUUUGGCAACGUCUCGGUCUACUGCUCCGAACAGGAAUGGGAGGACUUGAACUCGGGGCCCAAGGAGCAGCAGAAGACGGAGGAGUCCUUGGUCUCAAGGGGUUGUACUACCUCCAAACCUGACUCGUUGUCCCCGAUGGAAGGUGGGGCCCCUUUAAGCGGUGAGCCCCAAGGACACCCUGGUGAAGCGGAAGACGUCCCGCAAGACAGAGCAGAAGCUGCCGUCCUCUUGCCAACAUCCGCCCCAGCUGAGACAGAGCCUGGAAACCUGGGUCAGUUCAGCCCCUCACCGGGGUCAUCCGACGAGGGCGUGUCGCCCUCCUUGGAGGAAGGCUUGAUGCGGGUGGACAGCCGGACAGCUGCACUGCAACAGUCCGCCGAGACGGGAGGAGACGUCGCAAAUUUCACCACCAUCGUCGUCCAGGAAGGGGUACUUCCCGGCGAAGCGCCCUACGUGUGUCCCGACUGUGGCCGGAGCUUCUUGUACGAGGAGCAGUGCGCCUUGCACCAGCAGUCCCAUCUCCGAGUCUCCCCAGACCCGGGGGACGGUCCCGCACAACGUCCUCAGCCAGGGGCCAGGGCGUACACCUGUCCGGAUUGCGGGCGCUGGUUCCCCCAUCAGGCCAGCCUGAGCAAACACCGCCUCUGGCACACGGGUGAGCGGCCGCACACUUGCGCCGAGUGCAAGAAGACGUUCCGGCUGAAGAUCAACCUGCACCUUCACGAGCGUACCCACGCGGUCGCCAAAAAGCCGGGCUACUAUAUCUGCGGGCAGUGCGGCCGGACGUUCAACCACCACUCGAAUUUUUUGCGGCACCAGAUGAUCCACACCGGGGAGCGGCCCUACGCCUGCGGGGAGUGCGGGAAGACAUUCAUCCGUAAGGAGCACCUGGCCACCCACGGGCGGCUGCACACGGGCGAGCGGCCCUACCAGUGCCCGCUCUGCCCGAAGAGCUUCACUCGCAAGCAGCACCUGGUGGGACACCAGCGCCUGCACGAGGGGGAGGCAAUCUGGCUGGAGGAUCACCCCACUCAGAGGGACGGGCGUGGCCAACCGGACGGAGUCAGGGUUCAGGCUGAUGCUGUAGAGCCUGUACCUGGACAAGAGACGUACCCCCCGUAAUCACGCAGCAGAUCCCAGGGGAGAACCAGACGAAGGGGUUGUUGGCGGGAGAAGCGUUUGGGCAGCCAUCUUGAACCAACCACAGGGCCGUCCUCAGCCCUGUCCUUGAUCUCCACAGCUGGAGGCAAAAGGCAGGAUCUGCUAACCUGAAGACCCAUGGGGAUAGCCGAGUGGGAAGGGACAUUGAAGGUCUUCUAGUCCACCCCACUGCUCAGGCGGGAAACCCUCUUAGACCAUUCCAGACAAACGAUUGUCGAAUCUUUUCUCCUCUGAAGUCUGACCUGAUUGAUUCCUGGAACUUUGCUGGGACCAAGGAGCAGGGUGGGUCAAGAAAAUUCAAAAUGGCAGCCGGCACAAUCCUGAUUUUUUUUCUCCCUCCCUUGCAAGGGGGCUCUUGACUCUGGGGGUGGGGUGUGUGUGUCAAGUUUUAUUCUCUGUUUUCAUCCCGGCUGGACUUUUCUCUGCAUGAGCUGGGGAAUUCUGGGAGUUGAAUUCCACCCAUCUGAAAGUUGCCUCGUGUCAGGCCCGAACAACCCAGGACCACCUGUUAAUUUCCAGUGAAAGUGAUUCAUUGCACGGGCCAUGUGCCGAUAAAGUCCUCGGCCUAUGCCCCAAAUUUCCGUCGCUAAGCGAAACAACGGUUAAGGGAGUUUUGCUGUCCCAUCCCCAACACGAUCAGACUAUCCCCUUGAGUCUGCUAGUCAGAAGGUCGUACCGGGAUCGCGUGACCCGGGACACGGCAACCGUCAUAAAUACGAGUGAGUUGCCAAGCCUCUGAACUUUGAUUACGUGCCCCUGCGGAGACCGCAACAGUCCUUAAGCGAGAAAAACAGCCAGAAGUCACCUUUCAGUGAGGUUGUAACGUGGAACGGUCACUAAAUGAAUGGUCACUAAGUGAGGACUCCCAGCACUGUACAUAGUUGUACAUUGUCCAGAGUGUUUCUAUGGAGGAGCGGGUCGGUUCCGAAUUAUGCUAUAGGAAGAAAAUGAAAUAAAACAGUUAAAUAAGAUUAGAUCUUGCAAA